CGAAGGUGGCACGUUAGUAGUGCUGAGGAGAAGCGGCGCUCGGUACAUAUAACGCGCUCGUAGUCUAUCGCGGUUUCCCCGAUAGCGAACGAUACCCGGUCUUGGUCUUUGUCGAUCGCGGUAAAGUGAACCUCGAGUGGAAUACGCGCGAGGAACGUCCUCUUCGAAACGUUCUUCCGCGAGAAUCGCGCGGUCCGGUGCUCUUCAGGAUGGGUUAAAACGCGUGUUCUUCGCGAGUGUGAAAUAUAAUCGUUCGUCGAGCUAUCACCGAGUGACGUGACGUAACGUGACGUGACGCGGUCUAUUUUUUCGAAGAUUUCGAGGAGAGGUUUUAGUGAGAGAGAUUCAAACGGAUGACCCGUUCGUCCUUCGUUCUCUUCGUAAGAGAAAGAGAGAGAGAGAGAGAAAGGGAAACGUGUAGAGACUCCGAGAGAAUAACGUAUUAUGUACAUCGUAUUGUGUCUCCAAGUCGUCGGUAUUCUGGAAUCGUCUGGUCGUCGCGCUCGCGUUCAGGGCGAAUGAACUGCGUACGGCAAUGAUAGGUCUUCGCGAUGCGGCGAUGUUCGAGUAAUGAGAGAGCUACGUGAUCGACCGAGCACGACCGACGGUGAUAGAGAACGAAUAAGAAAGAGAGAGAAAGAGAAGAAAGAAGAAUAUAUAUAUUUUAUAUAUAUAUACAUUCAACCUCGACCUUUGCGUGUCGACUGUUAUAACAGCGUGCGGCACAACGACGUCUUGGUCACGUCACGCGUAGACGAGUCUUCAACAGUGCGCAACAUGUCGCAAUAACGAGAAGAAUUUCGCGAUGAAACGAGUCUAGUAUUAUUUAGGCUGCAACACUGUGGAAACGGAGUACCUUGUAACUUACCAAAUACCAAACCCACUUAGUCGUCGUGCAAUAGUUCUCUCACGAUUUGAUUAACGAAUUUAUUCCAACGAAGCUUAAUCUCACGAUAGGAAGAUUUCGAAUCGAUUCGAGAAGAUCGAGGAUUUCAUUGGACCAAUUAAAGUGUUUUCGAGCUCAACCAAGUUGAUCAUCGUCUCGUCUCAUAAUCGAUUUUGCGAGAAACUGUCUGCUAUUAAAUCGUCCAGGAGACGGAAUCUUUGACAUUAUUAAAUGUCAAAGAAUUGCUCCGGAACCACGUGUUUCCACGAUCGAUUUCGGAGCAGCCUGUGCAUCGAACGCGCAACAAGUUGAAGGGCGAACACGUGGUGAACGCAAUACGCGCGCGCGCGCGCGGAUCAAUUAAAGUGUCCAUCUUUACGUAAGACUUGGUGACGCAUGUUACAGCGAUAACUUUCGGUCGUCGUUCGACGUCGUCGCUGAUAAGAGAGCCGAGAGUUCGCGAGCGAGCAGACAAUAAAUCGAGAAGGAGGAUCAGUCGAUCGCGAUUCGCCGCGCGUAGGUAUCUCCUUGCGAGAGUUUCCUUUGCGAAGGAAAACCGAGUGUCUUAAAUUCGAAUAUUUCUUCUCGAUCGCGUCUUGAAUCGCGAACUCGCGGGUCGAGUUUCACGGUUCAAGAAAGUCUCUCCGAUACGAAAUUUCGAAUCGUGGAUUCGAAUGAUCGCAGAUGCUCGCGAUGUAGGCGACGUUACUUAUUAAAGUCGUACGAUACGGAGUGUCGGCGUUAAGGAAACCUUGAAGAGUUCUCUCAUCGAGGACGUAAGACGUUCGCGAACGGGAUACGUUCCCUCGGAUACGGAAGAGAGGGGCUCUCUUAAUUACCAGCGCGGCAGGGCGCCAAGCGACUUUGAAUGACCUUCGUAUUUUGCGGCUUCGUCUUCGACUCGUCGGACGAGAAGACGAGACAAAUGCCGGUCGCUUCGGAGGACUGGGUGCCCCACCCGGGCGCCAAGAUAACCAGUUCCAUCACCACCGUCAAGGGUGCGACUAUACAGAGCACGACGACGGCCUGGAUGUCGCCCUACAGCAGGACGGCGCUGUCGGAUCGCGGAGGGUCCAAUCAUAAUAACAACAACAAUAACAACAACGGUGUGGUUAUAUUAGAUGGCUGUAGACCGCCGGCGGCCACAACGGCCAGGAGAUUCUUCAGGUGGUAGCAACCACCGAUGGGCAAGUCAGGGGUGCUGGAGAUGGCGGCCACCGAGAGCACGAUCCGAUUUAGUGGCCACACGUUGGACAAGGCGACCAAGGCCAAGGUAACAUUGGAGAACUAUUACAGCAAUCUGAUAGCGCAACAUAUCGAGCGGAAGCAGAGGCUGGCGAAGCUCGAGGAGUCCCUUAAAGAUGAGGGCCUCUCGGAGCAGCAGAAGCAGGAAAAGAGGCUGCAGCAUGCCCAAAAGGAGACCGAGUUCCUCCGACUCAAGCGGUCCCGGCUCGGCGUUGAGGAUUUCGAGCCCCUUAAAGUCAUCGGCAGGGGUGCCUUUGGCGAGGUGAGACUCGUACAAAAGAAGGACACCGGACACGUGUACGCGAUGAAGAUCCUCCGGAAGGCGGAUAUGCUCGAGAAGGAGCAAGUCGCGCAUGUCAGAGCGGAGAGGGAUGUUCUCGUGGAAGCGGAUCAUCAGUGGGUCGUAAAAAUGUACUACAGUUUCCAGGAUCCUAUAAAUCUCUAUCUGAUAAUGGAGUUUUUGCCCGGCGGUGAUAUGAUGACGCUGCUCAUGAAAAAGGAUACACUUUCCGAGGAGUGCACGCAAUUUUAUAUUUCCGAAACGGCGUUAGCGAUCGAUUCCAUACACAAAUUAGGUUUUAUUCAUAGAGACAUCAAGCCAGACAACCUGUUGCUGGAUGCACGGGGCCAUAUAAAACUAUCCGAUUUUGGGCUGUGCACGGGUCUGAAGAAAUCGCACAGAACUGAUUUCUACCGGGAUCUGAGUCAAGCGAAACCUUCCGAUUUCAUGACAUCAUGUGGGAGUGGAAGCGGUGGCGCGAUGGACAGCAAAAGAAGAGCCGAGAGUUGGAAAAGAAACAGGAGAGCGCUGGCUUAUAGUACGGUCGGCACUCCGGACUAUAUCGCGCCGGAAGUAUUCCUACAAACAGGUUAUGGACCGGCUUGCGACUGUUGGUCCCUAGGAGUUAUUAUGUACGAGAUGCUUAUAGGCUAUCCUCCGUUCUGUAGCGAAAAUCCACAGGAGACGUAUAGAAAAGUAAUGAACUGGCGAGAAACGCUGGUAUUCCCGCCGGAAGUUCCCAUUAGCGAAGAGGCUAAAGACACUAUCAUCAGAUUUUGCUGCGAAGCCGACAGAAGAUUAGGGGCGCAACGAGGCAUUGAGGAGCUCAAAUUGGCACCCUUCUUCCGCGGUGUCGAUUGGGAGCACAUUAGAGAAAGACCGGCCGCCAUACCGGUCGAGGUGCGAUCCAUCGACGAUACGUCCAACUUUGACGAAUUUCCAGACGUGAAACUGGAGAUACCAUCCGCGCCGAUGCCACAGGACGGCGAGGUAAUAUACAAGGACUGGGUAUUCAUCAAUUACACUUUCAAGCGCUUCGAGGGUCUGACGCAACGAGGCACACCGACCAAGAAAUAGCAACCCCUCACUUCCUGCUCGAUCAUCAGCGCCGCCAUCGCCAAUCAGCAGCUGGCUGAUAUGAUCGAAAUUCCGGCCUUGGUACAUCAUCCUCAUCCGACGCCGUCUACGGCAACGGUGUCGCGCAUGGCGGAUGGUUGAUUGUCUCGCUCUUAUUGUAUAUACAUGAUGAGCACGGAUUGAACGAGCGCAACGUUAUCACGAAUAUCGAUGAUCGCGACGACAGCGAGCGAUGAUGAACAGCUCGGUCAGCCAGGCAGAGAGACGAACAGAUUGAUACGGGAGAGUAUAGUGAUAACGAUGCACAAAUAUCGCACGCCUUAUGCGUCGAUAACGAUGCGAUGCGCGAUAAGGCGACGCAAACGAAGUCUUUCGUUUGUCUAACUUACGAUGAUUUUCACAGAAAUAUUCAUCGAGGAUCAUUAUUCCUCACUUUUAUCGUGCCGCGGAGAAGGCGUUUUGUGCAAAGUGUAGCAUAAUAAGCUCUCUGUGGUAAUGGUAUUAAACGAAAACGAUCAGAGGGAGCCUCGGUACCGUAGUCUCCUCACAGUUCACGUACUUCUUAUUUAUCUGUGCGACGUGCAUCGGAAUGAUAUUUUAUCGGGGAAAUGUGUACUCGUUAAAAGUAACGUCUGGCUAAGCUCUCGAACCAAGCUCUCUUUUUCUCUCUCCUCUCUCUCUUUCUGUUCGAAUGUUGUAUUUAUAAUUAACUUUCUGUGAUAUAUGAAGUUGUUGAAAAUCUCUGCUAUCUUUGGACCUUCUUGUCUGUUAGCGGAUGCUUUAUUGAUGUUGUAUAUAUGUGAGCAAUUGUAUUUCGAUUUAUCUUGAAAAUUUAAGAGUUGUUGCGAUGUAAGUUGCGGGUGGGAUUUUAUAUUAUAUAUAUUUUCGCGCUACUUUUGAGAGCUUUGGCCUGUUCACGGAACCAAGGAAUUAAACGGUACGACACGCGCGAAGCUUUUCAUCUAAAAAGUUUCUGAUAUGUUUUACACAUUUUAUCAUUAAGUGAUUUUAAUAUUAUGUAAUAGUACUCUUCGGGUACCGGGUCUCUCUCUCUCUCUCUCUCUCUCUCUCUCUCUCUCUCUCUCUCUCUCUCUAUCUCUACCUAUCUUUUUCUUAUAAGGCAAUAAUAAACAUUUUUAGUCGUGUUUUGAAUACACGAUAAAGGAUACUAGGCUUUAAAAGAUACCGCAAAAAGGCGUAAAAAAGGAGAAAGAAAAAUACACUUGUAAGAUUCAGGGCUCCUUCGUUGCCUUAUUAAGGUUCCUAACAGACAGCCCAACAAAUCCGUACGUUUAAACGUAAAAUAGAUGAGCCAGACAAGCCACUUUUCCGAAAUGAAAAAUGAUAAGGAAACGGAAUCGCAGUGUGUUGCGACGAUAUGUAGAAAAUUGCAUACCCACAUAUACACAUACAUACACAAACCGACACAUCCGUGUGUUUUAACACUCUGUGGAACCGGAUACUUUUCCUUUUGAUUGCACUGUGAACAAUUUUACGAUUUACAUUUCGUAGUUUUGCUGACAUAGCCAGGGCACCUUGGUAAUAAAAUAGCGUAAUAACGUUAAAGACUAGAUAACACUUAAGAUAACAAACAUACAUACAUACACACAGAAGUACCUAUAUACUAAAAGAAAGGAGAUGCACGCGCGCGCGCUCGAAACGUAAUUACAUUGUGGAUAAUAUAGUACAUGUAUAAAAAC